CACCCACGUGUUUCCUGCGCUCUUCCGUGUCCUUCACGCUGCUCGUUUGAUGCAGAGCCAUUCAUUCAAUCUGAAAAUAAUCCAAUCAUGGCCAAACUGAGUAAAGAGAGCAAGCAGCGUCUGCAGCAGGUGUUCCAAUGCGGCCAGUUCAUCAUCCGCUGGGGCUUCAUCCCAACUGUGCUCUAUCUGGGUUUCAAACGGGGUGCAGAUCCGGGAAUGCCUGAGCCCACCGUUUUAAGUUUGCUUUGGGGAUGACGAUGCACCGGACAGCCGCCACACACACACACAUCUGGAUCCUCUCUCAUAGACGAAUGUCUUCCAUCCUCUUGUCUUCGGCACUUUGGAUCUUAAUUGUUUUUUUGUUGUUGUUUUUAAUGUAAAGACCGCGUCAGCAUAAUAUACUCUUUUUUUUUUUUUUUUUUUUUUUUAUUUUUCCUUUAGACUCGUCAUAAAUGUUUUCAGGGCUUCUUCUGUCCAAAACAUGUAUUGUCAUGAGAUACACACAAAAAAUGUAACCAAAUUGUCUAUUUCAAA